AUGCCUCCCAAGAAGGCCGAAGGCGCUGCCGCCCCCAAGACCAAGUCCACUCAUGCCACCUACCAGGACAUGAUCACUGAUGCCAUCGUCAACCUGAAAGAUCGCAAUGGCUCCAGCCGUCAGUCCCUGAAGAAGUAUGUCAAAGCCAAUAACAAUCUGGGAAAUGUCUCGGACAACAUGUUCGACUCUCUCUUCAACAAAGCCUUGAAGGGAGGUGUUGAGAAGGGCGUCUUUGCCCAGCCCAAGGGUCCCUCUGGCGGCACCAAGCUAGCCAAGAAGAAGGUUGAGCCUAAGAAGCCAGCUGCGAAGAAGGAGACCGCUGUCAAGAAGGCCACCACCAAGAAGCCCGCCCCCAAGAAGCCCGCCGGUGAGAAGAAGCCGGCCGCGACUGCCCCUGCCGCCAAGAAGGCCGCUCCAAAGAAGCCUGCUGCGACUGCCAAGAAGCCGGCUGCUAAGGCUGACAAGGACGCCGCCUUGACCAAGACCAAAACUGGUCGGGUCGCCAAGACCACAAAGCCCGCUGCUAAGAAAGCUGCUGCACCAAAGAAGGCAACUCCUAAGAAGGCCGCCGCCAAGGCAUAG